AUGAACAGUGGAUUUGGCAAACGAUCAUGGGACAGUAUGAACAGUGGUUUCGGUAAACGCGCCUGGGACAGUAUGAACGGCGGAUUUGGAAAACGAGCGUGGGAUAGCAUGAACGGUGGGUUUGGGAAACGAUCUUGGGACAGUAUGCGUGGAGGCUUUGGAAAGCGCGACGGUCUCAGUGACGACAGCGAGGAGAUGCGAGACGACGGACUGGAGAUAGAGCACCUCCAGGACGAAGACUCGGCCGAGGAGGCGCAGUCGCUGCAGAAGCGGGCAUCGGAUUGGAGCAGCCUGUCAGGAGGUCGGUGGCCCCUAUCUCAAAAAGCGCGAUCCUGCGACGACGGAUACCAAAGUAACGCAAUCUACAACGAUGGAGCAUUGCCGGCAGGUUCCUGGGGCAAGAGAGAAAACUGGAGGAGACUUAAAGGACUGUGGGGGAAGAGGUCUGCGGGCCUGGACUCUCUGGAUAGCUCGCAGACUUUUGGCGAUGACGAGCUUUGAGGAAGCGGAGGGUAAGGACUAGCCAGCCACCGGCACCAUCUCCAGAUGAUUUACAAGGACCUACAAUCAAUUGGCUGAAGAUAAUGAAGAUAUUGUAGCUGAUUCCUGAGAUAUUUUCGCAGCAUUGAUUCGGAUGAAGAAACUUUGUAGAAAUAUUGUUAUUGAGGGUUGUAAACUGAUGUUUAACACAUAGCCACAUAUCUGGGCCAAAAACAGCCACCAGCAGCCACAUUGUCUAUCCUUUGCCUUAGACAAUUGAGUAUUACAUGAGUUGGCUGGUCUAUCCUCUACUUCCUCGAAUUAAACAUCUGAUGUGAUGUAUAAUUAGAAGCAAGGCGUUUCUUAUAUGCUACACUCUUUGUCCUGAACAGUUUCCCCUUUAGUUGUGGUAUGUUCCACCAAUAUUUUGCUUUCUAACAGAGCUUUUGUGUAAAAUCAUUAAUUUUUCAAAUACAAUAUUAUUGUACUCCUAUUUUUCUUUGAUAUCUUCCCUUUUAUUAAAUUUGCAUGGUUCUCAUAAGAAAAUUGUCAUUUACCUUGUGUAUGAUUUUGUGGAAAAGAAGAUAAAUAAUCUAGGACUGUAUGUAAGCCUUGUUUUAUCUAAGAUCGCAUUGUCUCCAAAAGUUCAUGCUCAUUUCAAAUUAGAUUUGUUCUGCUGUGGACCCGAGUUGAACAAACCUUUCUUGAAAUGCAAUAAGAUAGCAAAUUCAAUUUAAAAGAAGGACACAAACACACCUAUUUUUAUGUUGUGAAUGUACCUAAAAGUAUAUAGAUUAUUGAAGCGUUUGCAUAAGCAUCUAUUAUGAUAAGUGGGAUUAAUAAUAAUCACUAGCCAAUUCCGUAGGAGGUGAAGACCAUGUACAAGUCAUACUGUUAAGCAAAGUCAUUUUUAAGACCAAGAACGACAAUGCUUUAACUGUACUUGGAAACUGUUGGCUUUUGUGAAGACUACAGAUUUAUCAUUAACUGUACAUAUGUGGAAGGCGAUACAAUACUCAUCAUGUCAUAUAUAUUUUGUUGGUUGUGAGUGUUUAAGAUCUAACAAAGAUAAAGAAGUAAUA